AUGCCCAGGUGGCCCUGGGCGCUGGCAGUCCCUGCGCCCUGCCUGCCCGCAGCGUUAGUAAAGGGGAAAUGGGAGCGGCACAGGCAGCAGUGGCACAGGCAGCAGCGGCACAAGCAGCACUUUCCUGCCCUGUGUUCGGUGCCGGGGUUCCCAUAUGGCACCAGCCGGGAAACUGGUGGCGGUGCCAACCUAUAUGCCAGUGUGCCUGUAUCGAGGCACAACCUGCCGUCCCCCGGCAGCGUGGACCCCGUCCCUGCCACCUCCGAUGUGUGGGCCGGCAGCCCGUGUGUCUGGGCUGGCAGCUUGGCGUUUCCAGACACUGUGUGUGUGCAGAAUGGAGCUGAGUCCCUCUCUUCAGAUGAAAAAGAGGUGGUGGCCGGCAGUGCAGAGGGAGAGGGCUCAGCCGAGGAGCACCCAGCGGGAGAGGACAGUUCCGAAAACAGCUCCAGCAGUAGCUCAGAAGAGGAGUCAGAUGAAGAACAAGAGGAGAAGGAAACGCUACCGCACUGCAAUGAAUCAGGAGUGAACUGUCUGCCACCCUGCAAGCAUUGCAGAAAUGAAAACGACCAGAAGGAGCAACUGACCCCCAGGAGACUUUCUGGAGGACAACAUGUGGUGCAGCUGGACGCAGAGGGGACUUACCAGUGCAGCCUCACGGGCUUGAUUUUUGAGGUAACGGGGGCCGUCAAAAUCACAUAUUCCCUCUUAUCCUGGAGCAAAUAUGCCAACCUUGUGGAAAAGCCAUGGAUUGUGGGCGGCCCCCUCUUCGACGUGCGCUGCGACUCAGCCUCUGCUCUCACCUCCAUCCAGUUUCCCCACUCCCUCUGCCUCGGCGAUCAUGGCGCUGGCAUGGCCUUCAAGGUUUUGCACAUCAAAGGCGAGAGCGCAGCCAUCGAGCCCUCCGCCGACUACUCGGCCUCGCACGUGAAGUGGCUGGUGAGCUCUCUCUCGCCGGUGGGACCACUCAUCCAGAGCCAGGAGCCGGUGCAGUACCAUGGCGCUGUCAUCCUCUACAAAGUCGUUGACGAGCAUCCCUCCUUAUCCUUUCGGGUCUAUGUGGCUACAAACAACGACUCCUUUAUAAAGGAUAUCUCAAGAGCCGUAAAACAUUCAAAUAAGAAAUUCAUUAGAAUUGACAAGCCCCCUGUAUGCCAGAAAUUACUACAGAAAGGAAAGAGGUAUAGAUUAGUUUGUGAGCCAGAAGCUGAAAUAACUCCAGAGGAAAUUGAAUUUGUUGAUGGAUCUCUUUUGAAACUAAAAAGUUACAUUGAAGUCUAUUUGGAGAAACCCGACGACUUCACCUUGUCUUUGGUUGAGCUGGAGUCUGAUGCGACCGUAUGGAAAGCAAAACUAAGAGAGAGUGACUGGAUACAUUACGAUCAGAACAAAAACGAGCAGAAAAGAAGCGCAGUCAGUGUCAAAAAACGGAAACCAGCCAUCAGCAUUUUGGAAGAAGACGAGCUCCGUAGCAAAAAGCAGAAGACCGGCAAUACUGCAGAUGUAAUUGCAACAAAAAUCUUAACGGAUCAACAGCUGAUGGUGAUCGCAAAGUUGUUUGGUAGGCAGUGGAGAGAAAUUGCCAUUGAGUGUCUUCAGAUGGAAAUGAAAGACAUUGAGCAGAUUCAGGCAACGGAAGAAGAAGUUAAUAUGCAAAAAUUUCUGGUGCUAAGCAAGUGGAGAGACAGAGAGCAAAGCAACGGAACUGCAGAAGCUUUGUACAGAAGUCUCUGUGAAAAAGCGUCCUAUGAGAUACUGCAAGCCCUACAAGGGAAAGACAGGGAGAAAAGUCAUGCAGAAACUUUUGUCCCCUUAAGAAAAAUAUUGAACUGCCAAAAUCAUGAGGUAACCCCAACACUUGGGGAAGAGGAUGAGGACGGCAGCUGUCCCCUUGGCAUCUGGAAGAGCAGGGAGUCCCACCAGCCCCUCGGCAUCAAAGGGGGCUACUUGGGGGUCCCCAAAGUGAUGGGAGGGCAGAGCUUGGAGAAACCAAGCAAAGGGAGAGAGCUGAAGAACAAGGUGCUGAUGGGGUGA